CAAUAAUGGGCAAUGUUUAAGCUUUCGUGAAUUAUAACACAGAGUUGACUUUCACUUCUGAUUUAAAUGAUUAAAUUUAAUGUUGUGGAACAAUCUUUCAUCCAGCAUUUGGAAAUAUCCAGUUAUGGAAAAUGAAGAAGAACACCAAUCUCGAACUCUUUUCUUUUGUAAUAUACAUCUAUAACUCAAGACAAGACAUUUAUACUUUUAAGAUUCCAUAUUAUUAACUAUUCAUUCAAAGAGAAACUAAUUAUAACAUCCAAAUCUUUUGUAGUAUUAUGCCUGUACUCAAAACUCCCCUUAAUAUUGCGGAAGUGUCGAAACUUAAUAAUUUUACUUCGAAUAUAUUUCCUAGACACUAUCUUAAUAUUUAUGCGCCAGAUCUGAACCAUUCAGAGAAAUUGAAGUCUGGAAAGUAAUCUUUACGACCCUAAUAAAUUAGUCCCUUGAAUAAUUAGUGAGCGUACUCAAAUACUUGUAAAACAAUGGCUAAUCACAUGGAUAAAUUACUUCAGAUCAUAUCUUCAUAACUUCAGAUUAAACUCUAAAAACUCUGGACUAAAUUACAAUUUAAUCAACCGAUUAAUAGAUUAAAUAAGAUGUUUAUGAUCUAGCCUAAGUUAUAGUAGAACUUAUGACUAAAAAGAGUAUUUUCCAUUUCUAUUUUAGAAUUCCACGCCAGCUUAAAAGAAACUGUGAUUUCAUUAUCUGCUGAUUAUUCUUAAUAGCUCCUACAAGUAUUAGCUAGAAUGCUCAAUCAAAAUCCUGAGAAAAGGCCAGACUUCAUAGAAUUAUCUUAUAUAAUAUUCAACCGAUAAUACAAAUCUACUAAUAAAGAAUUAGAAGUGACUUUAAAUCCUUCCAUAAAUAAAACCCCUGACAAUCCUUAUUAUCCUCCUUUGAGUUAAAUGAUAAAUGAUAGAAACAAGAAAACAUUCAAUUAGAAUCUCUAACAAAGAUAACUAUCACCUUAUAAAAUGAUUCCAUAUUCACCCUAAAGAAUGACUCCAAAGCAGUUUUCUCCCUCAAGAAUUUACGGUUAGACUUAAAGAGUAGCCUAACCACAAAGAGUAGUUUAAGCAAUCAAAAAACAGGAAGUCUACUCCCCAAUCAAACAAUCACUUUAACAAUUAAGUUAACUAUAUAGAACUACAACCCCUGUAAAAGGUAAUAAAGCCAGCUCUUAGGCGUCAACAAUUAGUCAUAAUGCUUCUAUUAUUGAUUCUUAUAGGACUUAAUAUCCCUUCUCCAAUCAAACAAGAAAUAGACCGAAUAAACUCUAAAUUCCUCAACAUAAAAGUGAUGUGAAAAGAAUGUUAUUUAAAGAUGAUUUGAAUUAGACCUAAACAAGUUAACCUCCAAUUGAAUUGGUAUUAUGA